UCCCCAUCAAGCUUCUGCGUUUCAGACGACCCAGCGCGACGGGCCCCAACGCCGCCUCCCUCGCCAGGCAGAAGCGUUUUGGUAAACGGGCGGAGAGCAACAGCGGCGGAAAGAAGGCGGCGAGGAAACUGAGCGGGAGGAUGCUACUUUAUUUGCUCCUGUAUCCAGUCCUGCUGAUAGGAAGGAGUGAAGCUCAGAAUGAUGAUUGGAUUGAUCCAACAGACAUGUUGAAUUAUGAUGCAGCAUCAGGAACAAUGCGAAAGCCUGACAAGCAUGUGAAUCCAGAUGAUUUUGAAAAAAAGAGAGUACCACCAACGAAAGUGGCUGAAGAAAAUCUAAUGGAAAUUUCCAGGUGCCAAACAAAACUAGAUUCUGUAACUCAUAAGCUUGAUGAAUAUGAAAAAAAAUGUAAAGCAAGGUUACAUGAAAGCAGCAGCAUUCAUGUUUUUAGAAGAUACUUGAAUAAGAUUUUAAAUGAACUUGGAAGACUUGGACUACCCGAUGAUAAUACCAGGGAAGUGCAUUAUGAUGCUGAGAUCAUCCUCACCAGCCAAUCAGUUAAUGAAAUUAACAAGUUCCUUAAGGAAGAAGGCUGGAAAUCUGCUUCUCUAGACGAAGCCGUUAACAGUAUUCUGAUUAAUUAUAGACCUCAUGAUUAUGAAGCAUGGAAAUGGAAGUUUGAGGACACAUUUGGGGUUGAUCCAUAUAAUGUCUUCAUGGUCCUUUUGUGUUUAGCAAGCAUCUCAGUCAUUAUUGCAACAGAAUUAUGGACACGUGUUAGUUGGUUGGCUCAGAUUAAGCGUCUUAUGAUAAUCAGUUUUCUCAUCAGUUUUGGAUGGAACUGGAUGUACCUCUAUAAGAAAGCCUUCGCUCAGCACCAAUCAGAAGUGGCCAAAAUGGGAAAUGUUGAAAAAAUCUGCGUGGAGAAGCUUCAAUGGACAGACAGCCUUUGGGAGUUUUUUAGAAGCUCAUUUACAUACCAAGAUGAUCCUUGCCAAAAGUACUAUGAAACCCUCUUGGUAAAUCCGAUUUUGUUCGUUCCUCCAACAAAGGCCCUGGCUGUUACAUUUACCAAUUUUGUAACAGAACCAUUGAAGCACAUAGGACAAGGAAUUGGUGAAUUUAUUAGAGCUCUCAUGAAAGAAAUUCCAGUACUUCUACAGAUUCCAGUGCUGAUCAUAAUGGCAGGAGCAACUUUGAUUUUCUGCUAUGGAGCAGGGAAAUCUGUCACUGCUCUAAGAGGUUUACCAUACCAGGAAAGGCCACUGCCUCCCCCUCUUCCCCCAAGGGAUAGAAAUCAAUCCCCACUAAUGCUGCAGCCAAAACAGGCAGGUGCCAAGGCAAACGACUUGAGUGGAAAGACAGAGUCCAUCCCGGGGGGUCCUUAUGACAGAGGAGAUGCCUCAAGAAGGAACGGGCAACCCAGAUCUGACAGUGACCAAAAAAACAACAUAGAGGUUGUGCGAGCCGGCAGUACACUGAAUGUACCAGCAGAAGAGCAUUCCAAAUUGGCAGCCAAGAAUCUCUUACAGAAUGAAUUGAAUCCUAAAGAACAGAAUGAGGCUAAUGAUGUAAUGGAGAAAACCAACAGAGAUUCAAAUCUGGAUAAAACAAACCUUGUUGAACCUAGCCAAGUGCAAAAGCCUUCAGAAAGUAAUGGAGAUGAAACGAAACAUAGUAGCAGUGAAGACGGGAUUGUGAAGCAAAAUGCUCCGGAAACCCCAGAAAUUCAGGGGAAAGAGAACAGCUCGUGUGGAUUGGAAGAAUCCAAAGAGAAGAUUAUAGAAACCUUGAAGCCAUCUGAACAGUAUCAGAGGAACACUGCUUCCUGACAGACCUCUCUCUACUUUACCAAAUAGAAGCCUUUUUUAAAAAAAAGAAAUAUUUUUAAUGAAAAAGAAUGCACCAUUCUGAAAUGAGAAAAUUAUUCACUUGGUAACCCCAUUGCAUCUUGAUUAAUCAGGAUAUUUUUCUCCUGGCAGCGCCAAGGCAUUUUGAAAGCAUCUUACAGAAUUAUGUAUUAAGUAUAUAAAACAUGCAAGAAUGUGACUUCAGAGUGAAAUAAAAGAUUUACCA